AUGGGAAGGCCGGGCAGGUCCACGGGCGUGAGCCUCGCGGCGGCGGCCCAGGCGGCCGGGGGCAGCGACGGCAUCCAGCCCAUCAUCGAGGAUGUCGUCGAGGAACGGCCCACCAGCAAGGAUCAGCCAGACGUGGUGUUGCGAACCGCCGCAUUUAGACGCAACAGCGCUGAGCAGGCCAAGACGGCGAUUGAGAAGAUGAAGCACUGGGCCCUGACCUUUUCCAAGUUCAUUGGCCCCGGCUUCAUGAUUUCCGUGGCGUAUAUCGAUCCGGGCAACUAUGCCACCGACAUCGCCGCCGGCGCUUCGUAUCAGUACAAGCUUCUGUUCGUCGUACUGCUCAGCAACCUCUUCGCUAUCCUGCUGCAAAGUCUUGCCAUCCAGCUCGGCACUAUCACCGGCCUAGACCUCUCCUCCAUGUGCCGCGUCUACCUGCCGCGAUGGCUCAACUAUACGCUCUACGCGCUCGCCGAGAUUGCAAUCAUCGCCACCGAUCUUGCCGAAGUCAUUGGCACCGCCAUCGCGCUAAACCUGCUCAUCCCCAAGCUGCCCCUCGUCGCGGGCUGCGCGCUAUCUAUCCUCGAUGUCAUGGCCAUCUUGUUCUUCUACCGGCCUGAUGGAUCCAUGAAGGGACUGCGUCUUUUUGAGGCGUUCGUGUGCCUGCUUGUCUUAGGAGUGGUGAUUUGCUUCUGCAUUGAGCUUUCAAUGAUCAAGGAGACGAGUGUAGGAACUGUCUUCAAGGGGUACCUGCCGUCAAGCGCUUUGGUCGAGUCUGAAGGCCUUUACCAAGCAUGCGGUAUUCUCGGCGCCACCGUCAUGCCUCACAGUCUGUUCCUUGGGUCCGGGAUUGUGCAGCCGCGUCUGCGAGAAUACGACACCAGGCACGGCCUCAUGCCCCAGGAACCCGUGUCCGCUGCGUCAUCCACUAGCGAUGGGUACGACAAGCCCACGUAUCUGCCGUCGCAUGCGGCCAUCAAACACUCACUCAAGUACUCCAUCACGGAGCUUGGAUUGUCGCUCUUCACGUUUGCGCUAUUCGUCAACUCGGCCAUUCUCAUCGUCGCCGGUGCCUCCCUGUACCAAAACCCCGACGCCCUCGACGCCGACAUCUUCGGCAUCCACGACCUGCUCUCCAAGAGCAUCUCACCGGCUGUAGGGACCAUCUUUGCUCUGGCCUUGCUUCUUUCGGGCAUCUCGGCUGGCAUCGUGUGCACAAUCGCGGGGCAGAUGGUGAGCGAGGGAGCGCUGCGCUGGAAGCUGAAGCCUUGGCUGCGCCGGCUUGUCACGCGAUCGAUCAGCAUCGUCCCGUCAGUCGUUAUCGCUGCGGCGGUGGGGCGACCGGGGUUGAAUGCCGCCCUGACCGGGUCGCAAGUGGUGCUCAGCAGCGUGUUGCCAUUCGUCACGCUGCCCCUGAUCUACUUUACCGCUCGAAGCCGUUUCAUGACAGUCCAGCCGGGCAUGGCGCGGUACAUGCUCGACUCUGACGACGAGGGGCGGCCGCUCACCGGCAGCGUUGCCCUCCCGGGAGGCAUCGACAUGUCGAAUCCGUGGUGGUUGACCGUCGCCGGGUUGCUGGUGUGGCUUGUCAUUUGCGUUAUGAACGUCGCGAACCUGGUGCUUCUGGGGCUGGGCAAGGCCUGA